AUGCAAGGAUCAGCAGCAGCAGUACGAGCUUUUGGCCGUGUGGCAGUGCGCACUUAUACAUCCCAAGCUCCCAAGGCAACUGUCAUUUCAGCCAACAAUGAAACAUUGCAAUAUCUGGAUCGCCUCAAGGAUUCUGAGAUUGAGUUCCAGAGCAAGGGCGAGUAUGUGAGCAAUGAUUUUUGGAAGACUGAGCCUGGCAAAUACAGACAAAAGUCAAUCGACAUUAGCCACCAGGGUAAAUGA